AUGCGCUUCUCUUACACCGCCGCUGCUCUUGCUGCCCUCACCGGCCAGGCUGCCGCCCACGCCCGUGUCUACGCCCUCUGGUCCGACGGCGCCGAGAUCCAGGUCGACGGCAAGUCCGGCCUCGAGUCCUUCAUCCGCAGCCCCCCCAACAACAACCCCGUCAAGGACAUCACCUCCAAGGACAUUGUCUGCAACGCUGACCCCUCCGCCAAGACCGGCUUCGCCCCCGUCGAGGCUGGCAAGUCCGUCGUCUUCGAGUGGUACCACAACACCCGCGGCGACGACAUCAUCGACGGCUCCCACAAGGGUCCCCUCAGCACCUACAUUGCCGAGUACACCGAGGGUGACGGCACUGGCGCCAUCUGGACCAAGAUCGCUGAGGAGAAGUACGCCAACGGCAAGUGGCCCGUCGACACCCUCAUCGCCAACAAGGGCAAGUCCGGCGAGGUCACCAUCCCCGCCUCCCUGAAGCCCGGCAAGUACCUCCUCCGCCACGAGAUCAUCGCUCUCCACGAGUCCGACACCACCUACGACACCAACUCGGCCCGUGGUGCCCAGUUCUACCCCUCUUGCGUCCAGAUCGAGGUCUCUGGAUCCGGCUCCGACGUUCCCCCCGAGAACUUCGACUUCCAGACCGGCUACAAGUACACCGACAGCGGCAUCCACUUCAACCUCUACAACGACGACGCCUCCAGCUACAAGGCCCCCGGCCCUGAGGUCUGGACCGGCGGCGCCGGCUCCGGCUCUGGCUCUACCCCCGCCACCAGCGCUGCUCCCGCCGCCACCUCCAAGGCCGCCGCCACCUCUGCUGCUGCUGCCCCCACCACCCUGGCUACCCAGGUCAGCUCUGCUGCUCCCGCCACCUCUGCCCCGGCCGCUACCUCUGCUCCCGCUGCCACUCCCUCCAAGGCCCCUUCCACCGGCUGCAAGCGCCGCCGCGCUGCCCGCAAGGCUCGCCGCUCUGCUCACUAA